GGUCCCACCGGAUAUCCUGGUCCCACUGGAGCGAGGGGACCACGUGGCAGGAGAGGACCAAAGGGAAAGAAAGGUCUUCAAGGUCCCAUGGGACCAGCUGGAAAAUCUGGAAAAAACAGGACUAACUGGUCCCGCAGGACCGAGAGAAGAAAAGGGAGACAAAAGGGGACCCUGGGAAAUCGAUUUCUGCUCCUCAAGUUAUGUUGUCGCCAACAGGGCAGACACGAGAUGAGGGAGAAAAUACGGCAUUUUAUUGCACGGUUGCAGAAAAUCCUUCCCCAGUCGUGGAAGGGCAAUUUAAAGGCAGAAAGCUUCUGUCAGGUGCAAAGUACUUUAUUAAAGAAGGAGAGUUGAUCGUUAGAAAUCUGAAUUACAGCGAUGCUGGACCGUACUCAUGUGCUGCCAGAAACAUUCUUGGAAUGUCGGAGGCCAUUAGUUACUUGACUGUUAGAGGUAAGAGAAACACUGUACUUUUGCUAUUUCUAGGUUACUUUCUGCUCCGAGAAUGCGAGAAUACGAGGUUUAAAUAUGUAAGUGGCACUAUUGUUUGAUCAUGUACUUUUAUCUCUUCCUUCAUUUUAAUUCAUCCAUUUUUCUAAUUUGUUGUUAGCCACUAGUCACCUGUGAAGUUAAACGCUUAACCUGAGCCAAGCAAACAUAAGGAUAAUUUUAAGAAAUGAUUAGUCUUAUCUGAUUAGUCUUAUCUGCGCAAUAAUGAAUGGAUAUAGCCUCAGCUGUUUGCUUUCGCUGUUCGACUUCAAGGAAACGGGAACUAGAAAAAUAAUCAUGCUUACGUGCUACCAUCGUUGGUGUUCUACAUCGUGCAUUUAACUUCACGGUCCGAAAUAGCAGAACAGAUCGGAAAGAUUAGAAUGAAAGCCAUUGUCGUUGUGUAUGUUGGGCUUACCACAAAUUGCAACUUAAGACAUUAUGCCUCAUUACUGGAGUUUUGAUCAGUCUAAAACGUAACACUUUAAAUUUCUCUUUAGCAAAACGAAUCAAGUUAACGUUAAUUUUACAUUUUGCAAUAUGGUUAUCCUAUCUCUUUGCUAAUACCUCAGUGGAUAUAAAUUCAGUUUCUGUGAAAUUUCAAAUACUUUGUACCUCAUAUAAUGAAAAAUGGUCUUUUUUCCCCUUAGGUUUGGAAAACUCCGUCAUUGUGAGAAACAACAAAAAUCACUUGACCUCGUUAAGAGACUGGCUAGCACCUGUGGCAAAAAGCGUGAAUUCUCUGUGGAAGCGCUGUUGGCGUGCAUCCGUGGACGGCUGGGCUGCAAGUACAUUUCACUCCGUCUGUAACGGCAAAGGCCCGACAGUAACAAUAAUAAGAGUCGGGAGAUAUAUUUUUGGAGGAUACACUAGUAAAUCUUGGGGUAAGUGCGUAUUGUAAGGGGCGGUUACCUUAACACCAUGCGGUCACUUGCAGGGAUAUGUGCGGCUAAAAGCGCAGCUUGAUAGCCUGGUACUGAGCAACGUGGAGUCAGUUUUACCUUGCAAGGUUAAACAGCAGCCUAUAAAGUAUUCAGGUUAGUUUAGUAAAUGUGGCAAAAAACAACAACAACAGAUCAUGAUUUUCCAGAUUUGCUCUAAACAAGUUACAAAAGGAAAUAUCUAAUUACUUGACAUUUUACUUAUUAUUUUUCAAAUAUUUUUUUUGCUCGAAUCUAUUGCUUUGUAAUUGCGUUCAAAAAUUGGCUGCUAGCGGGAGGUUUUAUUGUAAGCAAUAAAAUGAAACACUGUGUGAUAAACACAAAAUAUAAACAUUCUCAUGGUUAUUUUAUCAAUAAUUUAUAAAGCACUUAGUAUCUGUAAAUUUUGUUCCACUAAUUGUAUAUUACUAGGUGACCCAGUGAUUUACAUUUUUUCGUUUUUAUUGGAUGUGUUUGGAGUUAUUCUUGUCGAGGGUAUAGAUGUAAGCAGGGUAAUAUGACUGGUCAUGAGUGGAUUUCAAUUCAGGGACUAAUCGGCCGUGUUUUUCAAAUUGGCCGAAGGCGUAUUUUUUUUGUUUAUUUACAUUGUUAGUGUAAGGAUAUAUGUUGAGAGAAGAACUAAAAAAAAGGCGUGAGUUCCAGAUAGGAAUUAAACUCUCCACACACUUCAUGAGUUUUUUUUUUUUAUGAUGUGUCUUGUGUUCAUUUUGCCUGCGUCGCAGACGCUCUAAUUUACCUUCUGUAUCAGAAAAAAUAUCCCAAAUGGAACUCUUAUUCCAUCUCUAUUUUCUUGUAGGUUCUGGCUCUGAGUAUCGGUACGACUCAAACGCCUUUUUAUUCUCACUUGUAAACAAGCCACGAUGGGCACCCGUCAAGCUGCCUCAGACAGGGAAAUAUAGCUACCUAAGGCAAAAUUCCAUAUACAAUACCCAUCACAGGGGCCUACAUUCGGAGGAGGAAAUGACCUUUACAUAUCAAACUAUGCGUCAUCCAAUCGCAAUUCACAUAGCAACCUUGGCUAUACUUACAGAACACCGAGCGGAUACAGCUACGGCAGCACCUUCGCCCAAACAUUCCUGGCAGGAACAUACCAGCUCACACCAGGGGAAAUAGAAACGUUUUACGAAACAACUUAAAUAAUUCUAAUGAGCUACAACCGGCUUUUAUGUUUAAGUAAUGAGCUUGUUGUGUCUUCUUAAAUAUGCAUUAUCUGAUGAUCACUAAAAAUAACUAAACAAUCUCUAAAAUCGAUUGUCCCAGUAAGCUUAUAAGUAAAAACCUCUUAGCAGCUGUAUGAAAAGAGGCUACAAAAUGUUAGAGAACAUAAUACAUGGUUACACUAUAUAGAGCAAUGUGGUUGUUAGGCUCGAAUACACUGAAUACACAGUUUGAGCGAAAUCUGCAAGAGCGUUAUGGAGAUAUUUUGGAAUAAAGUUUUUAUGGUUAAAAAUUCGGUAAAAAUGGACAAUCUUGAUGUUCGGCUGUUAUCUGUAGAAAACGAAGCGCUUUUAACAUGCAAUUUCACCUCAUAGUUACCCUGCGAGCAGAGGCUACAUUUUCGCUGUGUGAGCUGGCGUGUAAAAAGUAAGCUACUUUUCGCACGAUGGCUCACAAAGCGAAAAUGUAAGGUAAACAUUGACCAUUAAGAACCUAAGCGCUGCUGACAACGGUUUGUACGAAUGUGUGGCAAUAAACAUCAUUGGAACAAAGAAGGCCAGGAUCAAUGUGGCAGUACAACGCAGCUCAGCUGCAGGUUUGUCUUAUGCGGCAAGGCAGCAGGGGCGGAUUCAGAAUUUUUCUAAGGUGAGGUUGAACCACUAACGAAUCGUGUGACGGACUGGUGACUUAAACCAGGAGUCUAUUACAAGGAUUUUUCAGUGCCAAACUACUAUUUUUACGGCGUUUAACAUAAAUGCCUAACAUCAUGGUUACAUUAUAUAGAGCAAUUUAGUUGUUAGGUAUGUGUUAGGCUCGAAUACACUGAAUAGAUAGUUUGAGCGAAAUCUGCAAGAGCGUUAUCGAGAUAUUUUGGAAUGAAGUUUUUAUGGUUAGAAAUACGGUAAAAAAUGGACAAUCUUGAUGUUCGGCUGUUAUCUGUAGAAAACGAAGCGCUUUUAACAUGCAAUUUCACCUCAUAGUUACCCUGCGAGCAGAGGCUACAUUUGCACUGUGUGAGCUGGCGUGCGAAAAGUAAGCUACUUUUCGCACGACAGCUCACACAGUGAAACUGUGAGGUAAACAGGGGUACAUUAACCAUUAAGAACCUACUCCCGGCUGACAACGGUUUGUACGAAUGUGUGGCAACAAACAUCAUUGGAACAAAGAAGGCCAGGAUCAAUGUGGCAGUACAACGCAGCUCAGCUGCAGGUUUGUCCUCGGCAGCAAGGCAGCAGGGGCGGAUCCAGGAUUUUUCUAAGGUAGGGUUGCACCACUAAGGAAUGGUGUGACAGACUGGUGAAGUAAACCAGGAGCCUAUUACCAGGAUUUUUCAGUGCCAAACUACCAUUUUUACGGCGUUUAACAUAAAUGCUUCAACCUCGCUUCAUGUUUUACUUCAACACCAAUAAACCACAUAGUACAGAAUACCAAUUGUAUUAGAAAGUCGCAGGUCACCUGUGCGGUGCGCACUCCCUGCACCCUCCCCUAGAUCCGCCCAUGUAAGGUCUGUACAGACAUAAAUGGAACAUUUAGUGACAUGUAACAUAAUCCUUAAUGGAGACCAUGGUUACAGAUUGUAGAGAUUGAAGGGGCUUUAAGGAGGUUCGUAUAUCCAGUUCAAGACAAAUAUGUUAGGACAUAAUCACAACAUCACUCAGACUUCUUAAGUUAAAUUUGUAUAGGACUGACAGUGAUGGUCUUUCAUAUUGUUAUAAAAAGAGUGUCAUUGUUAUAGGUUGACCUGUGAGUAGCGUGUUCUUAAAGGGAAAAGGAAAGGGGAGCCUUCACUAGAGUUUAAAUUUGAAAUACUAAGAACUUCCUAGCCAGAAAAUAAAGUGGCACUUGAUAUCCAGUCUCUUGUCACUUGGAUGCCGUUACACAUGGCAAGGGAAUGAACUGUUGAAGAGUUUUUAAACAGUUCUAAAAAAAAAAAAAGAAGUAGAUUUUGCACGACUCCGUUAUUGUGGGAAGCAACAAUAAUUACUUAACCUCGUUAAACAAAUGGCUAACACCUGUGGCAAAAAGCGUUAAUUCUCUCUGGAAACGCUGUUGGCGAGCAUCCGUGGACGGCUGGGCUUUACCUUUCUCCGAUUAAGCAGUGGCGGACAAAGGUUCCAGGUUAAUAGCUCUAGAUGCGGGCCAAUAUCCCUCGUUCCUCAAGGGGCGAGGACCACCUUUCCUGGUGUGAAUGAGCGCCCCUCCCCCCCCCCACCCCUUCUCUAGAGUUCCGGUUCUGCAGCUGGUAAGUGAUACAUUUCUAGCUUGUCAAAACGUGCCCAAAUUCCAGGCUAAUACUAUUAUAAUAAUAAUUUUGAGUUUAUAAAAUAUCGAUAUUGUUCUGACUUUCUUGCCACCCUGCUAUCUUCCAUCCUUCAAUUCCCAUAUUGCAAAUGUAGCGACUAACGUACUUCAUCGCAAGUUUUUGGUGCAAAAAAAAAAUUGGCACAUUUCGGCUAAGAAAAAACACUCGAUCGAAUUUGUUUUAUGAGAAUAAGGUAUUUAUUGUCUUUAAUUAAUAAUAAUAAUCAUCAUCAUUGUCAUCAUUAUGACAGGCACAAGGACAAUGUCGCUAACUUAUCUUAGAAACGUUUUGUUUCAUUUCUUUUAGCUUCUGGUUCUGGCCGGUAUCAAUACGACUCAAAAGCCUUCUUAUUUUCGCUGGUAAACAAGCCAGGAUGGGCGCCUGUCAAAUUGUCUCAGUCAUGACAAUAUAGUUAUAGAAAAUAUUCCACAUUCUUUCGCUCAUCCUAUGGGCCUAGAUUCGGAGGAGGACAUGACAUUCACAUUUCCAACUACGCGUCAUCUAAUAGCAAUUCUUACAGCAACCUUGGCUGGACCUACAGCCCACCGAGCGGGUACAGCGUCACCAGCACCUUUGCACGAACAUUCCUGGCAGGAACAUACAGAUUCACAGCAGACGAAGUUGAAACCUUUUACGAAACAACCUAA